ACAGAUUUAAAGAUGGCUGUGUAUUUUCACUCCAGCACGUCUGAAAUCAGCGUUGAGAUGGGAGAAUAUCAAGAGAUGGACCUAACUGAGCCCAGGUCCACUUCAAAACCAAAGUGCAAACAUCUAAGUGGCGUAGUCCUGAGCUUUGGCAUCUUGUGUAUUCUGCAGGCUACUCUCAACAUUUCUCUGAGACUGAUUUUGACAGAGAAAGCUGAAUUAACUGCAGGUGAAUCCUUUACGACCAGAGCUCCAGCCCCUAUCACCAACACAACAACAGAGGACAUGAGCAGACUGUGCCCUCUUGGAUGGCGACGAUAUGGGUCCAAGUGCUACUUCCUUUCUACACAGAGAGCAGAUUUUGAUCAGAGUCGAAAAAACUGUGAGGUGAUGGGAGCUCAACUGGUCAAACUCAACAACAGACGAGAGCAGGGAUUUCUCACUGGACUCACAGAGGCUGCGUGGAUUGGGAUGACCGACAGAAACAGGGAGGGCAUCUGGUUGUGGCUGGAUGGGACCCCGGUCAACAGAAAUGAGCUGCAGUGGGCCCCUGGACAGCCUGACGACUCUAACGGCGGUGAAGAUUGUGGCGACAUUCGAAAUCAAAAUAACUUUGUUGGUCUGAAUGACGCCAAGUGUUCAUUUCUGAUGCAGUGGAUCUGUGAGAAACCUCUGAAUGGGAUGUGAAUGUGGACUUGAAUCAAUCAGGACACAGAUAUUCAGUAUAUGUUUAUUGAUUAUUGUAAAUAUACGAAAUACUAAGAAAUACUCAUGGGGGGAUGGAGCAGUCAUAGAAGAGCAGCCUAUUGUUACUAAUAUUACUUAAGUGCUGGGAGUUCUUGCCAACAUGUAUAUUAUUUUGUCUUUGAGUAAACAAAAUUAAAGAAUU